AGCCCCGCAGCCAGGGUGAGCCGGGCCCGCGCCGCGCGGUCCCGGGGUUCCCAUGACGACGACGGCGGAGGCCCGGGCGGGGUCGGGUCGGACGCAUGCGCGCGCGCGCCGGACGGAGCGUCUUCCCCAGUCGCCCGCUUCUAGUCGCGGGGUCCCCGAACCGCGGGCGGCCCGGGCUCCUCCUCGGCCAUGGCCCCCCCGCCCGCGUGCCGGUCCCUGCUGUCGCCGCUGUCGCUGCUGCUGCUGCUGCUGAGCCUGGCGCUGCUGGGCGCCCGUGCCGAGCCCGCCGCCGGGAGCGUCGUCCCCGCGCAGAGCCGCCCGUGCGUGGACUGCCACGCGUUCGAGUUCAUGCAGCGCGCCCUGCAGGACCUGCGGAAGACGGCGCGCAGCCUGGACGCGCGGGAGGAAGAAUUCCUGGAAGUAGAGAGAAGGGGAGACCCACCACCCACAAGCCCCGGCGCCUUCUCCUGCACAAGCGCAGAGGGCCCACUGGAGGCCCAGCGUGCCCCACACCCCAGCCCGGAGCUGGAUUCUUGGAAGGAACUGUCCCCACCUUUGGGGGCUACAGUGGGAGACAGAGACCCUCCUGCUGCAGGCCGAGCGCCGAGCCCUGUGUGCUUGCUGGCCAGCUGGGCGCUGAAGACUCUCUGCCAGAGCUAAUCCCUUUCAAUAAACGCCUGCCCCCACA